AUCUAUCCGAAAUCAGUAUGCAGAUAGAUUUUGUUUGUGAAUUUGACGAAAAAUGAAUUAUUACGCGAUUUUUAUGUACUGUAAGUUAUUUUUUAUUGGCAAUGGGAUGUACCGAGUGACGAGAAAGCUCAGGUAUUACGAGAUGUUGAUGGUCCAUGCGUGUAUGGCCUUCCUGAAGUUAUGCUACGAGACAGUUAGGCUUGUGGCUAUACUGAAUGAUGUUGUUCUGGAGAAUAAUUUCUCUGUGAUGGUUAUAAACAGCAGAAGGCUGCACCUGCUUUGGUAUACUAUUACGUACUUUCUUGUCAACGUAAUUUCGAUUGGACCGUAUUGGGUGCGAACCUCUAUAUUCAUAACAUCGCCAAUCAUCACAAUAGCAAUAAGGUUAAACAUUUUUCAACAGCUGGAAGCCUGAUUCACCCCAAACACCUUGUUUCUGUUUACUAAUUCAACAAGCACACAUUGUAUAAAUUAUCAAUCUGCAUUUACAGUUUUACGCAAAAAUGUAUUUAUUUUAUUUU